AUGUCUCGCUUUGCGCAAGCGCUAACUCGGCUCGGCCUUGCUCCCUUGUCCGUAAUAAAAAUCGGCCGAAGCUUCUCGAGGAGUCUUCACCAAAUCAAUGGAAGUUGCAAGGAGAAAGAGAUUUCUGUGGCACUUAAUGUUGGGACUGGACAGCAGGCAGCAGAAGGGACAUGUUCUAAAAUCUCUAAAAAGCAGAAAGUGAGCAAGACUACUGAGAUGACAGGAUUCAUGGAUGACUUGACUCUGAGCUCACUUAAAAGGAGAUUUCAAUCUUGUUCAAGGAGCAGCUGUAGCAGGCGAUCCUCCUCAGUAUCUUCUUGUGAUUACAGAUCUUACAGUUCAAGUUCUAGUUCAAGUAUUUCAUCUUCCUCCACAAGCUGAAGUAGAUCAAGGAGCAGAUCAAGAUCACAUGCUAAAAGGAUUUGUUCUUGAAGAGUCAGAGAAUACUAGAGAUCUUAUUCCAGGAAUCAUUCAAGAUCAUAUAAUUACAGAUACCGAGAAAGAUCCCAUCUUAGAUAUUACAGAAAAUGUCCUUGCUCAUGUCCAUAUAACAAUCAGAGCAGAUCUCCUAUUAGACCAUACUAUCACAGGUCUUAUUCCAGAAGUAAAGCAAGAAGCCGAGGAUACUAUGGGUUUGGAAGAACUGUAUGCCCUGAAGCUUAUAGAAGAUGAAGAAACUGCUCCAGAACAAGAUCUCGCAGUAGAACCCUCUUUGCUUGACAGAAAAAGAAAAGAGAGCUACUUGAAAUGGCAAAAGCUAAUGCAGCUAAAACCUUUGGGAAAGAAAUCGUGCUGCCAGCCAGUUUAAUAAUGGAUUCCAGAACCAAUGAAAAUGGAAAUCAAAAAAAAGAGAACUUAGAUUUUAAGAAUAUUAUGCCAAGGCCACUGGCCCUAAAAUCAACGAGUCUGCUUCCUAAAAAUCUGGUAGUAUCCUCAACAAGAGAAGAGAAAAAGGGCUCUGUUGACCAGUGGAUUCCUGUUAAGAAUGAGGAAAAUAUCCUGUUUCAUAAUUUUUUACCUAAAAGUCCAAAAUAUCUCAUUUUUGAGAUUUAAAUGUAGGUUACCUCAUUUGAAACUAGUAUUUGUUUUCAGAUAGAAAAUGGAACAAAUACAGGUAGGAUUUUUUUCUGUAAAUUUUGCUUUUUGACUGAAAUGGAUUAUGUCACAAACAGGAACAUUUUACUGAUAGGAUUUAGUGUGUAAUAUUGUAACAGAACAAAUGAAGGUUUCUUCAUUUUAUAAUUUUAAGCAGUGAUUUAUGGCUCCUGUUGCUUAUUUUCUCCAAUUUUCAUAAAAAACUGUAAUAAUAAAGAAUUUCAAAUAAACUUUGAAUAUUUUGUGGAAGUCUACUGCUUUUAUUCAAAGGAACAAGUCGUGAAAAUAGCUAUUUUAUAGACUUUUGAGAGUUUUGUUUAAGAACUGCAAGGCCUAAAAGGAGGAAGGUAACCCUGAACAACAGCCAAUUGUUGGGGAAAGUGUGCCACCACUAACCCAGGCACAAUUGACCAUUUGGUCACG